UGUAUUGGGAAGUAAACUUAAAAAAUCAAUUUUUGCUGUGUGGAGGCAAUGAAUACCCUAAAAUAUUUUUUAUUUAUUUUAUCUUUAACUACUCACGACAUUCGCGACAUGACAGUCAUCGCUAUAGCCGAAGAAAAGUUUGUCUUUCUUUAUGUCAAUCACGACACAUACACGUAGAUUUCUUCGACAUGCUUCGGUACAAUUAACUGAGUGCAUCUCUGUUUCGAAUUGACAGUUAAACUUCUUCAUUGCCAAUAUUGUGUAUACACACAGGUUCCAGUGCGCUUUUUAGCCGGUAGUUUAUUAUUUUCUUUUUGUUGAAUUACUAUUCGUUGAGUUUAAUUAACAAACAACAAAAAUGAUGUCACCGGGAAAUGACAACUACGGGUUUUUCUUGUCGGACGUGCUGAACUAUCCGUUGAUAGCUAGAUGUACGGAAUUCAACCACAUUAUUGACAGAUGCAGCAUAAAGGAGCUGCAUGACAUAUUCCCAACUUUAGUGAAUUCAAUAUUCGGCGUACCAAACACAACCGGUUGGGGUCUGCGAACCAUUUGCCGUUCAUUGAAUCAACACGAAUUCGAUUGUCUCUAUCAUUUCUUCACACCAAUUGGACCGAUGUUUCGUUUAUGCUAUCGCUUGCUCAACGAACCGUUCAAAUUUGAUGUGCCAAUUGAAAUGUUACCGUUAAGUACCAGCCAAGUGCUACUCAACGGUGGAUACUCCAAUUUCUACGCAGAUAUGAUCAAUAUCGAUCCCAUUCGACGACAAAUUGUUUCGCUGUCUCUCAACAGUUUCGAUUAUUUCAUUUUUCAUUUUUUAUUGCACGGAUUGUCGCCUAUUCAUAUAAUGUAUCCGGGUGCACUAGCCGCUCAUAAUGGCAUGUGGCAAACGUUGUAUUUCACAUUGACGGCCGAUUAUUUAUGUACAUUUUUACCGGCAAAUCCCGAAAACAUUGUGAUGCCAACAAAUAUUUGUGGAUCCGUUAAAACGACGACAAAUGUCCCGAUUCAGCCGAUACAACCAAACCGGUCACCAAAAUACCUGUCCCUCUCGGCCAUAACGCAUAACUUCACCACAAAUACCACAACGAUUCGUUCUCCGGAUUCGUUUCGGCAACACUGGCGUACAGAAAGCGUUUUGUAUCUAUUCGUUGACAUCUGGCUGAGGCACAAUUUCGACGAAUGCAGAGAGCUGCCCAGCAGCGAAUUUAUCCGAGUCGUUCGCAUUCUCGUCAAACAGUUGCACAUCUUCGGCAAUUCGGCAGAUUUGGAUAAUACGUCCAUGUCGCUGUUGCGUAAAUUAGCCCAACCGAUGAUGAACGCUCAGAUGUACGUUUUCUUAAGAUGCAUCAUAUCACGCUGGCCAUUGGACAGCUCAUUUACGACGGUCCUGGAAUUGUGGCUGAGUUACAUUCAACCGUGGCGAUACAUAUUCCCGAACAACUCUAUGUACGUUGGCAGUCCACAAAUUGCACACCGGUUCGAACAGUUUGUGAUGGAAAAUAUGAUUUCCUACACACAGAUUCUGGUCCAACUGCUACCCAGGUUCGAGCGCAUUGAUUUCUCGUCGAUGAGAAAUGUUAUGAUGUUGCAUCGAGUGCUCAAGGUAUUCGGACAAGCCAACUUGUCGGACUUACUGAAGCUAAAUGAACAAGAAAUCGGUUCGAUGAACAUUGGCAUGAUGUCAACGCCGAACCAUAAAUCACCGAAGCAUCCAGACAGUUUCAACGGGCCGUCCAAUAUGAAUCUUUCAUAUCGCUCCGAUCAGUCACUUCAUAACGAGAGCUACAAACAUUUGUUCGGCGUGGAAGUUCAAGACCAUCUAAAACAUCUGGUACAGAAGAUGUUGGCGUUCAGAGAGAUUCAUUCCGAGCACGCCGCUAAAUUGGAACGAGAUUUGAUAAAUCGUCGCAAAGGUUUCUUCAAAUACAUCAAGUGGUUGCUGAUACAUGAUGAUGAUGCUAGUAGUCAACAGGAGCUGAAAGACAGUAAGAAAAUCCCUGAUUUGCUGAACAACAUGCUGUGUGCUGUCGCCGAUAUUUUUGAUAUCGACAUACCAACAUCGGAAGAAGUGUUCGCAUUCAGUUCACAAUAUUCUUGGGAUGAAAGCCGCAGUUAUGACAAAACUGCUUUAAUGCAAGCCGAAAUGGACAUGGACGUAUUCGACACAUAUCCAUCGCCUACAAUUAUGAAGAAACGUGUAAUGGAUGUCCAAUAUAUGGGCGAUCCAGCUCUAAUACCGAUUCAAAGUGGUGAGAUCGCUUUCUUGGUUCGAUUUCUCCAUAUUGUUGCGACGAGAAUCAACGAAACGUAUCCCAGAGACAUCGAUGGCCUAUGGAACCGUAACGGCAUACUGGGACAAUUAGCCAGACAGGUACUUCAUCCUCCAAUGACUCUACGUUCGUUCGAUAAAACACAUGGAAUGAACAGAGAAGUGAAGCAGGACAUCGGUGCACGGGUCACGUUCAGACAGUUCGGUUCAUACAAAACAUGUGCCACCAUAUUCGGUGCAUACUUACUAGGUUAUUUGUUUUAUGGAUCGGGUGUCAGUGGUCUCGUUAUAUUGUCCGUUGUUACAUUCGUGUACGUUGUAGUGGUCUCAUUUCUCAACGAUCCGAAGGUGCAUUAAAAAGACUGUUCUCACUUAA